AUUUAUGAAAAAUGAUGAAAUUUAUCACAUUUUAAGAAGAUUUCAGAGCUGUUUCACGAAAUAAACGAUGAACUUUUCACUAAUUCUUCUUUUGGGAUUGUUAUCUCACCUUGCUAUUGGAAUAGUGACAUACGAUGAUCACGCCUUGUAUCGAAUUGUUCCAAAAAACUCUGAAUCUGUAGAUAUCCUCAGAUUAUUGCAAAAGUCGGAAUCAGAAAAAUAUGAUUUCUGGACCUUUCCCAGAGCUGCUGGUAUGCCCGUUGAUAUCUUGGUAUCACCUCAACAAAAAAGUUUCAUCGAAAAAUUAAUCAAUGAAAAUAAAAUGGAUUAUGAAAUUUUGAUAGAAAAUAUUCAAGAAAAUAUUGAUGAAGAAGCAAGAUUCAACAAAAAUAAUUUAGAUGAUGUGGCUGAUAUAUCUUGGGAGAUCUAUAAUGAUCUAGAUACGAUCAAUAAUUGGCUUCAAAAAUUAGCGCAGCGAUAUCCAGACAUCGUUACUUUGUUAGAGGGAGGCAAAUCAUACGAAAACCGAACAAUAUUGGGAGUUAAAGUUUCUUAUGGAUCACAAAAUAAAAAUAGAGGUGUAUGGAUAGAUUCGAAUAUUCAUGCUAGAGAAUGGAUUUCAAGUGCUACAAAUACUUUUCUGUUGAAUGCCAUUUUAACUAGCGAUGAUCCAGUUGUUCGACAAAUUGCAGAAAGUCACGAUUGGUAUAUCUUUCCCGUAAUCAAUCCCGAUGGAUUUGUAUAUUCUUACACCACGGAUCGACUUUGGCGUAAAAAUAGAUCAUUACCGUACGGGGUGGAUUUGAAUCGUAAUUGGGAUUAUAAAUGGAAUGGAGAUGCAUGCACCGACAUUUCAAAACAAUCCGAUGUUUACUGUGGUACUGCCGCAUUUUCUGAAAUAGAAACAUCAUCACUUGCAAAUUUCAUUUCUACAAUAGCUGAAGAUUUGGUAUUGCUCUUGACUUUCCAUUCAUACUCACAAUUUAUGAUUAUUCCAUAUGGUGAUAGUGAAAGACAUGUAGAUAAUUACAACGUAACCUAUGCAGCGGCGGUCAAAGCAGCGGAAUCAUUAGCUCAAAGAUAUGGAACCCAAUAUAGUAUUGGAACAGCUCCUGAACUUCUUUAUCAAGCUUUUGGUAUAAGUAUGGAUUGGGCUAAAGCGCAGUAUCAAAUUCCAUAUGUUUAUACCUACGAACUUCGAGACAAAGGAAAAUACGGUUUUCUACUACCAACAGAUCAAAUUAUACCCACCGGUUUGGAAACUUUAGACUCCAUUAUCACACUUCUACAAGAAGCCGAUAAACAACUUUCUUCUAAUUAUUGAUUGUCUUAUAAAAGCUGAAUAAUAAAGAUGAAAUUAUAAUGAAAAA